CAGUGACAUGGAAGAGAAAAGCUUUAACCCACUUUCAGAGAAUACACAUAGAGAACUUUCCUACAACACUGUAGGUGCUUUUAUUUUGUCUUUACAGCCACAUACAGCAAACAUUUAUAGAUUAAGAGACCUCAGACACACACUGAGUGAGGAAGUGUUUUUUGAGCCUCAGCUUUCGUCUACUUUAGUUAUUCACUAAUACAGCAAUGCAGGACUUUCAUGGAUAUACUGUUUCCAUCUCUGGUGUGCUGUUGUUUGCGCUUCUACAGGGUGUGUGUGGUGUUUUGGCUGACACAGUGAUGGUGCUCAAAGCUGGGAGCUCCCUGGAUCUUCGUGUUCAAUACCCAAUUGAAUCAGUGUUAUCGGUUCAGUGGAUCUUCAAUGGGAAAACUUUUGCUGAAUACAGUACAGACCAAAGUUACACACUUCUGGAAUCCCAGUUCAGUGGAAGAUUAAAGGAGGACAAUGACAGAGUUGGAGUAACUGUACAAGAUCUUCAACCUCAAGAAUCUGGGACAUUCUCGGUGUAUGCAGAAGACACUGAAACACAGCUUCCAGCACAGACAUUUAAAGUUUAUAUUCAAAUUCCCAUAACAGCUGUGCAGAUUGAUAAGAACCAGACGUGGAGAUUGUCCACAAACAGCUGUGAUGUUGAAGUGAAGUGUGUAGCGCUCGGAGCUGAGAGUGUUUCCUUCCUGUGGAGCGGCUAUAAGACUGGGAGUGGAGCUCAGCUGCAGUUCAGUCUCUCACCAGCAGAAGGAGCUGUUACACUGAACUGCACUGCAGCUAACAACGUCAGUUCCAGUUCUGCUACAGAGACACUGAGCUGUAGCGCUGAACAUCCCAGAACAGAAACUCAAAUGUCAGUUCUUAAACUGAUCAGUAGUCUAGUGGCGGCCUCUUCAUUUCUGCUGGUGACCAUCAUCCUGGGUGUAAAAUGUUACAGAGCUCGAGGUCAUCAUAACAGUCAGUAUGCCAUGACAGUAAUUGAGGAAUAAGCACUUUGCCCGCUCUAUUAGAGAUCACAACACUGCUAUGACUGCUGGGAAACUCGGAUUGCUCUUCUUCCACUUCAGUCUCUCUGGGUCCUCUUCCAGCCCCCUGUAUUUCACCAGAUUCUUCUAUUUCUUCAUCGUAUUUUGCCAUCACUUGAUUGCCAGAUCUAUCACUACUGCAGUAUUCUGCAUUUUAUUUUAACUCUCACUGUUUACUUUGCUGUACUGUUAUCUGACUGUAACUGGAGGUCACACAUAUUCAUGUUUAUCUGUCCCUGUACACAAACCCUGCCAUGUUCACUGCAGCUAAUAUUAUAAUGUGUUGUAAUACUGUAUAAUAAAUGUAAUCUGGUUCAUGUAA